AUGGUUCAACUUAAGAGUUUCGCAGUUAUUGCUACCACCCUCUUUGGCUGUUGUCUAGCAGCACCUACAACUUCUCCCGGCGUCGAUAGUACAAUCCCUGGCAGCUACAUCAUUACCCUCAAGUCUGCGAUCAGGCCCCCUGCAGUUAAGGCUCAUUUAAACUGGGUUGACGGCGUUCACAAGCGAAGUCUCGAGAAGCGUGAUGGCGACAAUGGUGUUGAGAAGACAUUUGAGACUGAGGCCGGUUUUCACGGAUACUCUGGUACAUUCGAUGAUGAAACAGUCAAGCAAAUUAAAAAGAGCCCAGAGGUCGCCCGUGUUGAGCCUGACCGUCGAGUCAAGUUAACAUGGAACGCUUCCAAGCGUCAAGAACAACCCGUGGAACCAGCGCCACCAGCAGAAACAAUAAGUCAAGAAGGCGAGGACACCGGAGACGAGGAUGAUGAUGAUCAACUUGAAAAACGAAGUGAAAUCAACCAAAAGUCAAGCACAUGGGGCCUCGGAACCAUCUCACACCGCGACAAGGGCUUCCAGAACUAUCUCUACCACAAGCCAAGCGGCUCUGACUCGUUUGCCUACCUUGUUGAUAGCGGUGUCCGUAUCACCCAUAAGGAAUUCCAAGGCCGGGCCAAGAAUGGAUGGACAGCUUUCCGAAAAGAUUAUGUUGACCGACUGGGCCAUGGUACUCAUGUUGCUGGGACCAUUGCUGGAAAGACCUUCGGAGUCGCUAAGAAGGCCAAGGUCAUUUCUGUCAAAGUCUUUCAGGGCGACUCCGCAGAUCUCUCGGUUAUUCUCAACGGCAUCGAGUGGGCCGUCAACGAUAUCAUCAAGAAGAACAGACAAGAGUUCUCAGUGAUCAACCUUUCUCUUGGCAUCGAUGGUGUAUCUGGAGCGCUGAACGACAUUAUCAAGAAUGCCGCCAAGUCUGGAGUCAUCUUUGUGGUCGCCGCCGGAAACCAAGGAACAAAUGCCAAGACGAAAUCUCCAGCUUCAGCUCCUCAGGCCAUUACCGUUGGAGCCAUUGACAAGAACUGGAGAAUCCCAAGCUGGUCCAACUACGGCAGCUCUGUAGAUAUGCUGGCCCCAGGCGUCGACGUUGUUUCUGCUUCAUGGCUCAGCGACAGCGGUACAUACAUUGAGAGCGGCACCUCGAUGGCCACCCCCCAUGUUUCUGGUCUUGUGCUGUACGCUCAGUCAGUGUACGGCAUUACCGGCGUUGACACCACGACCAAAUACAUCAAGAAGUACGCUACCAACAAUAAGGUUCUCGGUAGCCGCCGAGGUUCACCAAACCGGAUCGCCAACAACAACAAUUUUGCUCAAAGCAGAUAA